UAUCUAUGGGUCUACCAUUGACAAGACUGAUGUGAAACACGUUUUAUUCAGAGAGAAGUCAACCUACAACAUUUUCACUACUUUUAUCUCUCAUAUUUUUUCACAGCGAAUAUUCUGCUAUACGGAAUAACUCCAGUAAGAGGCGCUAGUUAGCAACCAGGUUCUCUCCGACAACCACAGCCUGUUUUUUUAAAAAAAUUAUUAUUAGCUUUACUUGGGAGUUAGCUAGCUAGUUUCAACGCUUCGCGACUGUCUUUGAACGCAGACAUGCCGGAAUACAUGGAUGACCCUUCGCAGCUCACCAAGGAUCAGCUUAAAAGUGAGUUGGUGGCUCACAACGUGGAGCUCCCGAGCGGCAACCACAACAAAGACGUCUACGUCCAGCUUUAUCGGAAAAAUUUGACCGCGCAGAACAAAAAGCAUGACUACGCCAUGAAUUUGGACGCCUUCUCAAGUGACGAGGAGCUACCCCCACCAGUGAUCUCCAGCAGAAGUCGCUCCUCCGGCAAAAAAGCGCCCAAGAAAACUGAUAAGAGUCUGCCAGACAAGCUAGAUGUGACUUCUCUGACUGAUGAAUACCUGAGGGAAGAGCUUCUCAAACAUGGAGUAGAUGCUGGUCCAAUUGUGGCUUCAACCCGUAAACUUUACGAGAAGAAACUGCAGAAGCUACUUGAUGGCGGCCCUGCUCAGGCGACAAUCACAAAGAUAGUCGUCACGGAGAUAGAAGUAAACCACAACGGCAACUCUGAAUCUGACCUCUACAGCGACAAGGAGGAUGAUGUGACACCCCAACCGGAGCCUGAGAAAGUGGCGGAACCUGAACCAGUUCCAGUAGUGGAGAGGCCCGUUAGGAGCAGAGGGAAGACUCCAGUCACUACCCGAACUCGCAGCAGUGAACAUAAGAUUCGCCAUCAUAAUCAACUGGAAACGGAGACUCUUCUCAACACGGCUCUGCUUGAGGUGGAGAAGAUAACAGCCAGAGACCAAACUCCCAAGCUGGAUAAGCAAGAAGUUCUUAAAGAGCUGUUCACCAAUGACGUCAGUAGUCCAACAGGAAUCACGGCCACGUGUCGGCGACCAAUCCGGGGAGCUGCCGGGCGCCCGGUGACCUCCAGCGACCUCUGGAAUGAUGAAAACUCCUACUUUUCUCCCAAAGCUACUAAAAGCAUCAGCAACUCCUUCUCUUCUUACACAGAGAGCCAGAUUAUCAACAGAGUGAAAAGUUUGCCAAAUUCAACCUCGUCUAAAUCCUUAUCCGGCACGUCUACACUUAUAUCUGCAGCUCCCCCUACUGGUACAACCAAAGUAGUGUGCUCGAGCAUGUCUGUUUGGUUGAAAGUGCUUCUUUUGGGGAUGGGAGCUGCUUUGGUCUUCUUUAUUUACCAAGCCAUGGAAGAUAAUACCGAUAGCCAAUUCUUGACAGCCGACUCGAAAGUGGCCGGUGGCAGCGAAGCAUAGAGUCAAAGGUGAAUAUAAUAACUAUAUCUGUGAAUCGCCAUAAUAGUCUUUUUUUUUUUUUCAUAAGAUGUCUGAAAUGAUUGUUUCUACGUACAUAAAAUCCCAAAUACUGUAGCUGAUAAAUAUGGAAGCGUACUGCUGAUACAUAAAUUCCAGUAUUAGGUUUUUACAUGAUACUAUCAUGUAAAAAUGUGAUUCUGGAUUUUUUUUGGGUGGCAGCAAUAAGCUUCCAUAGAUGAAACUCACAAAUGUUUUUUUUGUUGUUUUUUUUUGUUUUUUUUUAAACAUGCAUGGUGUGAUUGAAUUUUAUCAAUGUUGAAAGAUGAUGACUCAUUAGUCAUUAAUAACCUUAAAGAUGGGUGUGUUUUUUUUUGUACUUGAGCCAGCUUUGUAGGUUUAAUAUCCAAAUCGUGUAAGCUUAAUAUUUUUCUUAAAUGUUCUCUUUGUAUUGAAAUACAUUAUUGAAUUAACUCAAUAAAGUACAAAUAUGUGA